UAAAUUCACACCUUUUUAUUUUACAAUUUACGAGAGCCCAAAAAAUAUCCCAACUGAACAUAAACCACCAGAGUAAUAGAAAAAAGAUGAAGAUGUUGCAGGCACAAUCUUAUACCACCACUGCCACCAACCCAAUCUCAGUCCCAAACCACUCUUUCAUCACUCCCAAGAAAUCCAUUUCUCCAAGGCGCGUGGCUCGCACUUUCUCCUCCAAUCUUCCACAAUCCUCUUUCACACGUAGCCUUCCAGAGCUUGUACAACCGACACCCAAACUGAAAUCACUUCCUUCACCACCGCCUCAACGUUCUCCUCCACCAGCUGUAGAAUUGCCAGCUAGGGUUUAUGUUGGUUAUUCAGUUUACAAAGGGAAAGCUGUGCUCACUGUGGCUCCUAGACCUCCGGAAUUCACUUCAUUGGAUUCAGGGGCAUUCAAGAUAUCUAGAGAAGGUUGUUUGCUGCUCCAGUUUGCUCCUUCGGCUGGUCCGUUACAAUAUGAUUGGAACAGAAAACAGGUAUUUUCGCUGUCAGUGGAAGAAAUUGGAAGUCUAAUCAACCUUGGUGCGAAGGAGUCUUGUGAAUUUUUUCAUGACCCUUUAAAACGAAAAAGUGGUGAAGGUAAAAGGAGUAAAGUUUUGAAGGUGGAGCCACUUCACGACGGUUCUGGUCAUAUGUUUAACCUAAGUGUUCAAAACAAGGCCGAGAACAUAAACGAAAACAUCUUGAUCCCUGUCUCAAAAGCCGAGUUUGCUGUAUUCAAUUCACUUUUCAAUUUUAUCACGCCAUGCCUUUUAGGUUGGAAUGCUUUUGGCAGCUCUAUAAAACCAGAAGUAAAUAUUGCAAGCCAAGAAAAGAAGACAAAGAAUGGAUUAGAUAGGGCCAUUUCUGCAAUAUAGGAAGUUACAAUUCACACAUUGUGUGAUUUAUGUGUCAAGUUAAAUAAGUUAAGUUACUUCAUUUUGUUAGAUUAGAAUUGUCGAAGGCAUUUGAAAAUGUUUGUAUCAUUAUUUGAACACAUUUUUUUUAAUUGUAUUGUUUAUAUAUACCAUUUUAAAAAUAAAAAAUUAUAUACUCCAUUACAUAUUUUGGGAAACA